UACAAGGUGCUAUGCAUACAUUAUCCUGAAGCUGAUUGAAUUCCUUUUUGGUCACCACUGUGAAAACAGCGGCAUCCCCAUGGCCGUCUUCACAAGAGCCAGCAGUCAUCCUAACACCACUAACCCCAUCCCCUGUGGGGCAAACAACACUACAGAGCCUGACCUGCCACAUUCACAUGCCUACUAUGCCCUCUGCUACUGCCUCUUGAUUUUGGCCAUCAUCUUUGGGAACGUGCUAGUUUGCUUAGCUGUGCUGAGGGAACGCACCUUGCAAACCACAACAAACUAUCUUGUGGUGAGCCUGGCAGUGGCAGAUUUGCUGGUGGCUACUUUGGUGAUGCCAUGGAUGGUGUACCUAGAGGUGACCGGAGGAGUCUGGACAUUCAGCCGUAUCUGUUGUGAUAUCUUCGUCACCAUGGAUGUAAUGAUGUGCACAGCCAGCAUUUUAAACCUCUGUGCUAUCAGCAUCGACAGAUACACCGCAGUGGUGAAACCAGUUCAAUACCAGUACAGCACUGGGCAGAGCUCCUGCAGGAGGGUGUCUGUCAUGAUCGUGGUAGUCUGGAUGCUGGCAUUUGCAGUGUCAUGUCCUCUCCUCUUUGGCUUCAAUACUACAGGGGAUCCUAGUGUCUGUUCCAUAUCCAACCCUAGUUUCAUCAUCUACUCCUCUUUGGUGUCCUUCUACCUCCCCUUCAUGGUGACCCUGCUGCUCUAUGUCCGGAUUUAUCUCGUGCUAAGACAAAGGCAAAAGAAGAGAACCCUCACCCGGCAGGGCAGCCACAGCGCCAGCACCAAACCGUGCCAUGCACACAAAGAACACAUGGAGAGAAAAGCUUUGCCAAAUGGAUGCCAAGGCACCUUUCCCCCCUGUCUCCCACUCAAAUGCACAGGCCAGGAGAUGUCUACCAAAAGGAAGUUGCUGACUGUCUUCAGCCUGCAGCGGUACCGGAGCUUCUGCCAUGAGGCAUCCCUCACCAAGACACCAGGGACUACACAAAACAGCAGGCAGGAAGAGAGGAGAAUGUGUACAAAACCAGGAGUGGAGGUACAGAGGCUCAGCAAUGGCAAAACCAUCAGCUCUUUGAAGCUGGCACAGCAGCAGCCCCGACUGAUCCAGCUCCGGGAGAGAAAGGCUACACAGAUGCUAGCGAUUGUCCUGGGCACAUUCAUAGUUUGCUGGCUGCCCUUCUUCUUGAUUCACAUCCUCAAUGCCCACUGCCCAUCCUGCCAUGUGCCUCCAAGGCUUUACAGUGCCAGCACUUGGCUUGGCUACGUCAACAGUGCCCUCAACCCCAUCAUCUACACAACCUUCAACACUGACUUCCGCAAAGCCUUCCUCAAGAUCCUGUGCUGCUGACUGCAGGGCCGGCA